GUGUCUGACGAGGAGCAGGAGGCUGUGAAUCCUCAGCCCAAACGCAGACGCAUCCUCGACCCUUCAGCCAUAAUCUCGGUCCCCGUUUACACCAACCAGGUAAGCAACGGUUUGCAGCUGAAGCCAACAGCAGCUAGUUUCACUCAAAAGCAAAUCUCAGACGACGGGGCAGACGACAGUUUAUGGUUUCAGUUUUCCCCUCCGAUCAGCAGAACAACCGCCGUCUGCUACAUUGACUCUGAGGAAGACGAAACAGAAGUGCUUCUGAAGAAAACACAACCGGCCAUCUUUAGUUCCCCGUCUCCUCCAGGGAGUCCGGAGGUGCUUCAGUCCAGACAUGCCAAGAACAUGAUCAAUAAGAUCAACAUAAAGCUGAGGGCGGCCAACACUUUAGAGUCCCCUGAACGUAGAAGACGGCAGUUCAUGGAGGAAGACGAUGAUAUCAUCUGCAUAACCCCGAAUUCUGGCGCUCAGAAUUUUCCGUACAGCGAGUCGUUACGGGAAAUCCCACUCAAGAUCCGCUGCAUGACACACGUACACAAGAUCCCUGUGCUGUCGUCGACGCCUUUAAGUGACGUGCUGACUCGGCUAUCCGUCAUCCUAGACGCCCCUCCCCAUCGCCUCAUGCUGCUGAGAAAGGAAGAGGAGCUCCCAGCGAACUCCACCGUCGACGAACUCGGCCUCGGCAUCGCUGACAUUAUCGGUGGGUCACAUGACAUCACACAUUAA